GUGAACACAACUCUGACCGGCGUCGGAGGGACUGUAGACUGACCUGAACUUGGAUCGACUUUAUCACGCCAAAAGCACGAUUAUUUAGAGAUGAACUAAAAACCUGGUGUCUCAGUUCACAACUAGAGUGCUAAAACUGAACGACACACUUGAUUCAGUACCACCACUUUCGGCUUCGGCCAUUAUAGGCCUAAUUGACAGGUUCCAACUUACAGCGCGAAGCACGACCGCGAAUGCAUAUACGUAACUAGACUGAUACUCGCGCACGAUGAUGCAAACAAGCUGUUACCUGAAGUCGCUCAAUGUCAGGGCCUGUAAAUCUCAGCAUGUCAUUAAAAAGGUAUUGAAAAUAUUAGGAGCCUCACCAGUGCAAUGUUACAGUACAGUAACCAGCUCAAAUUACAAUGACUUUCUCCAAAGAAGUAUUGUUCCUACACAUCACUUCCAGAAAAGUUUACCAAGGUUGCCAAUUCCUCAGUUAGAGAAGUCAUGUGAAAGGUACCUCAGGGCCCAGGAGCCCCUUCUUAGCCAAGAGGAAUUCAAAACCACCCAGGCCAUUGUAAACCAGUUCAGAGAUGGGGAAGGAAAAGCACUACACGAAGAACUGGUCAUGCUUGAUAAACAAAACAAACAUACAAGCUAUAUAUCAGCUCCAUGGUUUAACAUGUACCUGUGUGAUAGAAGGCCAGUUGCUCUCAACCACAAUCCAUUCAUGGCCUUUAACCCUGACCCAAGACCGGAAUAUAAUGAUCAAUUGACACGUGCAACAAAUAUGGUGGUAUCAUCGUUGCGAUAUUUGAAGACGUAUCGGGCUAAUCUUUUGGAGCCAGAGGUAUAUCAUCUGAAUCCAACAAAAAGUGAUACACAAAGUUUUAGAAAAGUUGUCAGAUGGUUACCAGCUGCCCUUGCAUGGUAUGGGGCAUAUCUGUACAAAGCUUUCCCCCUGGAUAUGAGCCAGUAUGACAGACUUUUCAACUCCACACGCAUUCCAAGGAAGGGUAGAGAUGAACUUGUCUCUGACCCUACAGGCAAGCACCUGCUGGUACUAAGGAAUGGAAACUUCUACAUAUUUGAUGUCUUUGAUGGAGAUGGUAACAUCCUGUCCCCUGAUGUAAUCCAGGCCCACCUGAAGUACAUUUUGUCUGACACUUGUGCCUCACCUGAGUUUCCAGUCGGGGUUAUGACCACAGAGAACAGGGACAAGUGGGCAGCUGUGCGACAACAACUGAUCAAUGCUGGUAAUGAGAUUCCAGUGCAGUUAAUUGACAGUAGCUUGUUUGUGCUCAUCUUGGAAGAUUUAGCCCCACAAGAUCCCAAUGAAGUCACUCGCCUUUUUCUCCAUGGUAAUGGGGCUAACAGGUGGUUUGACAAGUCCUUCAGUUUAAUCCUGAACAAGGAUGGGCGGGCAUGUGUUAACUUUGAGCAUGCUUGGGGUGACGGUGUGGCAGUGCUGAGGUACUUUAACGAGGUUUUUAAGGACACAAUAACCAAUCCGUAUGUGCAUCCAAAUUCACCACCUGCCAGUGUUGACUCGUCUAACAUAGUGCAAAAGCUGGAUUUUAAGCUUGAUCCAUUCCUAAAGACAUCUAUCUUGGAGGCUCAGAGAAAAUUUAAUGAGACUACAUCAAAUCUGGAUCUUGAUCACCUGGAAUUCUUGGACUACACAAAGAAAUUCAUUAAAGAGCAGAAAGUCAGCCCAGAUGCCGUUCUUCAGCUGGCAGUCCAGAUGGCAUUUUUCAAACAAAGAGGAGAGACUGCGGCAACGUACGAGUCCUGCAGUACAGCAGCAUUCAAGCAUGGCCGCACAGAGACUAUUCGUCCUUGUACCAUGGCAACAAAAAAAGCCUGUGAAAUGAUGAUUAAAUCUCCUUCAGAGUUUUCAGCUGAGGAAAUGAAGGAAGCCAUCAUCAAUUGCUCAAAAACCCACUCCCAGCUCACUAAAGAAGCAGCUAUGGGACAAGGGUUUGAUCGCCACUUGUUCUCACUUAAAAAUCUGGCCUCAGCUAAGGGAGGUAACCUGCCUGCCUUAUUCCAAGAUCCAGCCUAUUCGAAAAUCAACCACAUAAUUUUGUCAACCUCCACAUUGAGCAGCCCUGCCGUUGAGAUUGGAGGAUUUGCACCUGUUGUCGCAGAUGGCUAUGGAGUAGGUUAUGCUGUUGAGGAUAACAGAAUUGGCUUCAAUGUGACUGCUUAUAAGGGAGAACGUAACGUCAAGGAUUUUGUGGAAUGUGCUAGGUCCAGCCUGAAAGACAUCCGAAAUGUUUUAGAGGGCAGAAAACCUGAUGAGAAGUCAUGACCUUGGCUACCUCACUAAGUGUAAAAUAUUCAGAUUUAUAUAAAAAUAAAUAUAUACUGAGAUGUUCUGGAGAUUUCUUGAUAACUACAGUACAUGUUGAUCUUGUUGACAAUUCACACUUGUUUGCAGUACACACAAAUAUCUUUGCUCAUUGUGCGAUUCGUCAUUAAUGAUCAUUUAGUGAUCGUUUCGAUGUGCACCAUAUUGAUGUUCUUCAAGUUUGUCUCACAAGGAUAUAUAUUUUUGUUCAAACAUUUUUCUUAAAUUGACCAGAAAAAACAUUGCAUUUAUAAAAUGCAUAUAAAAGCAGUGUUGUUUCAUUGCAUUGAUUAAAAUUACUUGUAUUAUAGUUUGCA